UAUGUCGACCAAGACUCGAAAUGCGCUCUGUUGGGCGCCAUUUUGCCAAUGCAUCAGACUUGAUUAUGGCAAUGUUAAAGUUAGCUCCAAUAUUCAAUGAAACUAUGAACGACUGUUAUUGGAAACGUACAAAUUUCGAAUGUGACGAAUAUUUCGAUUAUACUUUGACUGAUGAAGGAAUCUGUUAUUCAUUUAAUUCACUUAAAUCUGCACAUUAUCGGACUGAAUUAUACAACUCACGAAGAAAAGAAUUUAUCGGUUACAAUUUCGACAAUGACAGAAAUUUAGAUUGGGAUUUAGAAAAUGGUUACAACAAACAAGCUAAUGAAGAGACUUUCCCUAAGCGUGUCUUGGGAGAUGGAGAACUCGAAAGUCUGAUUUUAUUUAUAACAGAUAGCAAACAAAACAAUGAAUUUAUGUGUAGAAAUGGCGUUCAUGGUUUCAAAAUAAUACUUCAUACUCCUGGAGAGGAGCCAAAUGUGUCGAAAAAGUUUGUCAGCAUUCCUUACGAUCAAACAGCUGUGAUAACAAUUAAUCCGCAAAUUGUGAGUACUUCAGAUGGAUUGGAGGAUUAUGAUCCAGAAAGACGCCAAUGUUACUAUCAGAAUGAACGUUAUUUGAGGUAUUUUACGGUCUAUACUAAGGUUAAUUGCGAGUUGGAAUGUCUUGCAAAUCAAACCCUUGCUAAAUGUGGAUGUGUCAAAUUUGCAAUGCCAAGUAAACUUUACUUUUUAAACAUUGAAUAUAAAGCAGAAGUUGAACAUCAAGUUGAUAUUAAUGUAAUGGAAACUGCAACAGCUUUUAGAGAAGAAGACUUGGAUUUUUUACUUGAGAAGUAA